AUGGCUCCUCAUCCGCUGAAAGAUCUCUCUGAAAACGAGUUCAAACAAGCGCGCGAUGCUGUCAAGGGUCUCUACCCCUCUGACGUCACACUCUUCUUCCGCGCAAUCUAUCUGCAAGAACCAAAGAAGGCAGAGCUUAUUCCCUUCUUACAAGCUGAGCACGCGGGCAAUCUCUCAGAUUCGACCUCCCGCCCCCCUCGGAGGGCUAGGCUUCAAUAUGACGUGAUCAAAAGCGGGAAGCUUCCCGAGUACACUACAUCCGUCAUCGACCUCGGCCAGAACGCUGAAGUCGAGCGGAUCGUAGCCAAGCCAGAGGCCCAAACUGGAUAUAUACCGGACGAGUUCGGUGCGUUUCAAGAUGCUUGCGUAUCUUCUCAAGCCUUCAAGGACGCCAUGUCAGAGUUCUCCCUCCCAGAGAACUUCACUGUCGUAAUCGACCCAUGGCCUUACGGCGGCCCAGACGCCGAGGACGGUGCCAUACCGCGCUACAUGCAAGGCCUCGUCUUCGCCCGCGACGUAUCCAAGGACAACCUCGACUCGAACCACUACGCCUAUCCGAUCCCAAUCAUCCCCGUCAUGGAUUUCACCACCAAGAAGAUUGUCCGCGUAGACCGCCUAGCCACGGGCGGCAAAGACGACAGCCUCACCCCACAGGAAAGAGGCACCAAACCCAAGGCGCUGUUUGAGAAAACCAUCUCAUCGGAAUACGUCCCGGAACUUCUCGACGCAAAGCAGAGGCAAGACCUGAAGCCGAUUAAUAUCACCCAGCCCGAAGGCGCGAGCUUCACUGUGCAAAGCGAUAAUCUCGUACAAUGGCAGAAAUGGCGCUUCAGGCUCGGAUUCACGCCCAGAGAAGGCGCCGUCCUCCACGAUCUCUGCUACGACAACAGACCCGUUCUCUUCAGACUGAGCUACAGCGAGCUCACGGUGCCCUACGGCGAUCCCCGCCCGCCCUUUCAGCGCAAACAGGCCUUCGACCUCGGCGAUGGCGGGUUCGGCCGCGUCGCGAACAACCUAGAGCUUGGCUGCGACUGUCUUGGGGCGAUUCACUAUUUCGACGCGCUGCUUGCUGAUACCGAGGGUAACCCGACGGUCGCCAAGGCGGUGGUGUGCUUGCACGAGCAGGACAACGGUAUCGGAUGGAAGCAUACCAAUUUCAGGACGAACCGAGCGGUGGUCACGAGGCUCAGAGAACUGGUCAUCCAGUGCGUCGUCACGUUGGCCAACUACGAGUACGUUUUCGCGUACAAGCUCGACACGGCGGGAGGAAUCACGCUAGAGACAAGAGCUACCGGGGUUAUGAGCGUCGUGGCCAUCGACGAGGGCAAAGAGAGCGAGUACGGAGUCGUCGUUGCGCCGGGCGUGCUGGCACAGAAUCACCAGCACCUAUUCGCAGUACGCUUCGACCCCGCGAUCGACUCAUACAUCGAGGGUGACACGCGGGUUGUCGUGGAGGAGAGCGUUCCCGUGGCGAUGGACAAGAAGACGAAUCCCCACGGCAACUUUUACCGCCUCACGAAACGUGACGUCGACAAGGCGUGCUGGUUCGACGCGGAGCCGAGGCUGAACCGGGUCGUCAAGAUGCAGCACCGCGACAAGAAGAACGCCAUGUCCGGGCGCAACGUGGGGUUCAAGCUGACGCCGAGCGCGACGCAGAUGAUUCUCGCGGACGAGGAGAGCCAGGUCUCGAAGAGGGCCAAGUUCGCGAGGCAUCACGUCUGGGUCACGGGGCAUCGGGACGACGAGCUCUGGGCGGCUGGGGAGUUUACGAAUCAGAGCCGGGAGGAGGAGGGUGGUGUCUUUGAUAUGGUAGCGCGUGGAGAUUGGUUUGGCGAUGAGGCGAACGGGGAGGUGGCUGAGAACGGAGUUGGUGAUGGGAGGAAGAGCAGUCCCGUCGUUUGGAGCGUUUUCGGACUGACGCAUAAUCCUAGAGUCGAGGACUGGCCCGUGAUGCCCGUCGAGAUUCAUCAGAUGCAUAUCCGACCCGCGGACUUCUUCGAGGCGAACCCGGCGUUAGACAUGCCCGGAUCGAGGAACAAGACGAGCGUCAUCGUGCCUUGCUGUGGCGAGAAGGCCGAGAAUGGUAUCAAGGAGGAGGGGAGCGUGCAGACGUCGGCGGCGACGCAUCUUCAAGGGGCAGGGCCGGACGUCGAUGCCAAGGAGGCGGGUGCUCAUGUACGGUAG